AUGAUAAGGCAUCUUGAUAUUUUCACGAAUGAACGUCGUCUUCAACAACAAUCGUCGUUGAGUCUCUUGAAGGAAACACGUCUUGGUAUUGAGGGUGCUUUUUGGUUACGUAAACUAUUACAGAAUUCUGGGAAAGAGCCUGCCACGGCUGCCAUAGGUGGAAUACCAAUAGGUUUAAAGAACGCCAUCGAAAAGGAAUUAGGAUUAUUAAAAUCAUUCGGGAUAAUUCCAUUUUUCGUUUUUAAUGGGCUCAGUGUAAUUCGUAAAGAUAAGCCUUUUUCGACAGAAGAUACCAGACCGAGCAAACGUGCACAAGCUUGGGAUGCUUAUGAAAAAGGAAAACAUGAUCAAGCAUAUAAUACAUGGGCAUCAUCGGGCUUCAUUCAUCAACCUGAUCUUCUCUAUUUCGUUUUUAACGUAUUAAAAGAUAAUGAUGUUGAAUUUAUGCGAGCCCCAUAUUUCGCUUGGGGGCAGAAGGGAACUUGUAACUGGCUCAGCAAAAAAACAAUUUUGAAUGAUCUUACGAUAUCUGAUGAGCAAUUUCUUGAUGUUUGUAUAUUAGCUGGAUUUGAAUAUUGCACUACAUUCCCACCACUUAAUACCGAGUUUUCCAGUUUCACUUUUAAAAGCGUACACGACCUGAUUAAACAAUACAAGACUGGAUUUAAUGCGGUACAAAAUUACGCAGAUCAUCCAGGAGUAAUAAAACAAAAUUAUAUGGACAUAUUCUGUCGAACUAGAUGUGCGAUAAAGUAUCAUUUAGUGUUGACUGAUGAGGGGAAAGUUGAGCCAUUAAAUUCAGAUAAUGCGCCCAGUGAUAUACAUGAAUUUAUCGGCUAUCGAUUACCAGAUGAGAUUUAUUACUAUUUAUCAAAGGGAUUAAUGUCGCCUCAGGUUAUUAAUACAUUGAUCUCAGGCGUGCUUAUCGAAAAUCCUCCUUUGUGUAAUGGUGAUACUCAAGAAUAUCGAAGAUUUCUCAAUGAAUUACUCGAGUUGCGCGCACAAGCCAUGGGUUUACUCACUCAACCUUUACACCAAUUUUAUCAAUCGAGAAAGGUUGUAAGCCUCUAUUGGUUUGAGCCAAAUGCCGAACAUGUUUUAAGUCAUAACGUAGCACCGAGUGUACAUGAAAUAUUGAGUACAUGGAAUGUGUUGGGAAGAGGAUUAGAGGAUGAGAAAAAAGCACAAAAGGUUGAUAUUUAUUUUCUUUUCAAAGUAUGCUGCUCAACAGCCACUGAUGAUCAAGCGGCAAAAACUAUUAUGCCGAAAAAUAAUGACAAACUUAUUGAAACUAGAGAAGAAAUUUUGGCAAAUGUUCUAUGGGAAUUGCUACAAUUGCGAAAAUUUUUAACUACGUCACAUAAACAUACCUCAUGGGGUGCUGCAUUCAAAAAAGCUCUUGGGUCUUCUAAAUCCAAAACUGAUUCACAUCAAGAACAACUAUUUUCUGCACUUGAAUUGAUCCGUUUUGGAUAUUUAAAUGGAAAUCCGUAUAGUCGCUCGUAUUACGGGAGCCCAACAGUUGGCACUGAAGAGGAAAGAAAGCACAUUUUGUUGAUAUCCCGAACCUUGAGUAUGGUAUCACCUAAAUACCAGGGAAAACCUUGGGUUGGACCUAUUAGCAGAGAACUUUUGGCAUUCAAUAGUUUUGUUAAAGCACUCAAUCGAUCAUUGCGUAAUCUGUGUGAAAUGCUCACUUUAUCAACCUUCUUAAAUCGUGAUUGUCUGAACGAAAGGAAUGAUUAUUUAGAUAUAGCCUUAAGUUUGCCAUUUGUGCAUGAUGUGAAUACUGGCUUAGGAAUCAUCGCUAAAACGUAUCUCGAAAAUAUAAUCACGUCAUCCGCCGAGAAUGGUAACAAGAUUUCAGAAUUCCGUAUAAAUGAAACAUUGAAGAAAUUGGACGAGUUGUUCACUGCGUGUGUCGAUGUGAAAUCCAAUUUGAAUGAUGGAUUUUCUUUUUGGGAUGAAGUGAUUGUAGCUGUCAAAAGCUUGAAAUCAAGCGAUGAUAUAUCAAACGAUUUAGCAUCUCAAUUUUUAAAUGCAAAUCAAUGGCUUUCAGCUAGAAGAUUUUAA